UCUUAAUUUUAAGUGAUGUUGGUGAAAGCAAAGUACUGUGCUGUGUGUAAGUGUCUUGCUUUGCCUCCCCAGCGCAUUUACUACCUGUCCCUGGAGUUCUAUAUGGGCCGCACUCUGCAGAACACCAUGGUGAACCUGGGCCUGCAGAAUGCUUGUGAUGAAGCCAUUUACCAGCUGGGUUUGGACUUGGAGGAGCUGGAAGAAAUCGAAGAAGAUGCUGGGCUGGGAAAUGGAGGCCUGGGCCGCCUGGCAGCUUGCUUCCUGGACUCCAUGGCCACGCUGGGGCUGGCAGCAUAUGGUUACGGCAUCCGCUACGAGUUUGGUAUCUUCAAUCAGAAGAUUGUUGACGGCUGGCAGGUGGAGGAGGCCGAUGACUGGCUACGCUAUGGCAAUCCCUGGGAGAAAGCUCGCCCAGAGUACAUGCUCCCCGUGCACUUCUACGGCCGAGUGGAUCACACCCCUGAGGGCGUGAAGUGGAUCGACACCCAGAUUGUCCUUGCUAUGCCUUAUGACACGCCAGUGCCGGGAUACAAGAACAACACUGUAAACACCAUGAGGCUGUGGUCUGCGAAAGCGCCCAAUGACUUCAACCUCCAAGAGUUCAACGUGGGUGACUACAUCGAGGCAGUGUUGGACAGAAACCUGGCAGAAAACAUAUCCCGAGUCCUGUACCCAAAUGACAACUUCUUUGAAGGCAAGGAGCUGCGGCUGAAACAGGAAUACUUUGUGGUGGCUGCUACCCUUCAAGACAUCAUCCGCCGCUUUAAGUCCUCCAAAUUUGGCUGUCGAGACCCAGUGAGAACAUGCUUUGAAACCUUCCCAGACAAGGUGGCUAUUCAGCUAAAUGACACGCACCCUGCCCUGUCCAUCCCAGAGCUCAUGCGGAUCCUGGUGGAUGUGGAGAAAGUGGAUUGGGACAAGGCCUGGGAAAUCACGAAACGGACCUGCGCCUACACCAACCACACCGUGCUGCCUGAAGCCCUGGAGCGCUGGCCGGUCUCCAUGUUUGAAAAGCUGCUGCCACGUCACCUAGAGAUCAUUUACGCCCUCAACCAAAUGCAUCUGGAUCGGGUGGCAGCUCUCUACCCAGGGGACAUUGACCGUCUCCGGAGGAUGUCAGUGAUCGAGGAGGGAGACUGCAAACGUAUUAACAUGGCACACCUCUGUGUGAUUGGCUCCCAUGCAGUCAACGGCGUGGCCCGCAUCCACUCUGACAUUGUGAAGAACUCAGUGUUCAAGGAUUUCUAUGAGCUGGAGCCGGAGAAGUUUCAGAACAAGACAAAUGGGAUCACACCGAGGCGCUGGCUCCUGCUGUGCAACCCAGGACUGGCCGACAUUAUUGCUGAGAAAAUUGGGGAAGGCUUUAUCACAGAUCUGAGCCAGCUGAAAAAGCUACUGGAUUUCAUCAACAACGAGACUUUUAUCAGAGAUGUGGCAAAAGUCAAACAGGAGAACAAGCUGAAGUUCGCAGCCUACUUGGAGGAGCAGUACAAGGUCAAGAUCAACCCUUCGUCCAUGUUUGAUGUUCAGGUCAAGCGAAUCCAUGAGUACAAGCGGCAACUGCUGAACUGCCUGCACGCUAUCACCCUCUACAACCGCAUCAGAAGUGAUCCGUCCAAAUCCUUUGUGCCCAGGACAAUUAUGAUUGGAGGAAAGGCAGCCCCUGGCUACCACAUGGCCAAGAUGAUCAUCAAACUCAUCACAUCCAUCGGUGAGGUCAUCAACAAUGAUCCCUAUGUGGGGGACAGGCUCAAGGUCAUCUUCCUGGAGAACUAUCGGGUAUCCUUGGCUGAGAAGGUGAUUCCAGCAGCAGACCUCUCCCAGCAGAUCUCCACAGCUGGCACAGAGGCCUCGGGUACUGGCAACAUGAAGUUCAUGGUGAAUGGGGCCCUCACCAUUGGUACCAUGGAUGGGGCCAAUGUGGAGAUGGCUGAGGAAGCAAAUGAAGAAAACCUCUUCAUCUUUGGCAUGCGGGUGGAGGACGUGGAGGCCCUGGAUCGCCAGGGGUAUAACGCACAGGAGUACUAUGAGCGCCUGCCUGAGCUGCGACAGGCUAUUGACCAGAUCAGCAGCGGUUUCUUCUCCCCUCGAGACCCUGGUUGCUUCAGGGAUGUUGUGAACAUGCUCAUGUACCACGACAGGUUUAAGGUGUUUGCUGACUAUGAGGCCUACAUUAAAUGCCAAGGGCAAGUGGACCAGCUGUUCAUGAACUCCCGGGAGUGGACUAAGAAAGUCAUCAGGAACAUUGCAUGCUCUGGCAAGUUCUCCAGUGACAGGACCAUCAUGGAGUACGCCCAGGAGAUCUGGGGUGUGGAACCAUCUGCCACAAAAAUCCCCCCACCCAACCUCCCCCGGGAUUGAUGCAAGCACAGAGAGAAGGAAAGAGGGAUGGGCUCCCGGCCCAGGAGACCUCACCUGCAUUUAAAUCACCACCCGUCAGAUGGGCUCAGCACUGCCAAAACAAGGCCUUUCCCACAGGGGGGUUAGAAUGAUGCUCUGAGGAGGAGCCCUGACUGAGGAACAGGAGCUGGGGGAAAGGAGAAAGGACCCUGUGUUUGUACCCGUAUAUCCAGCCUGCAUGUGCUGCAUAAAGCUUCUAGUGAGAUGACCACAGAUAAGUCUUCCACAGCCAUGUUCCAUGCUUAACAAGGGCUUUCCAACUAACUCCUCCCCUUUCCCCCUGCAUGCAGCCUGGCCUGGCCUCCCUGACUCUGCCCCAGAAGCAGGUUUAGCCAACAGUGUCUUGCAUCCUCCUCCUGUGGGUCUGCCAGCCCCAAAGCUAGGGGACAGAGAGGCCCCUCUGGUCACCACCUUCCCCAUAACACCUAGAAAAGCUGGGGCUGGCUGUAAGCCAGCUGGUCCCAGUGCAGGCACGAAUGUCAAAUGCCCAUGUGCCAGAAGGAGGAGAGAGGGCCUAGGAUCAGCAGCUUCCUUGCCACAGAGCUUGCCAUAACUUCCUCCCACACCUCUUUGUUAAACUAGAAUCUAAGUAACCAAGCCUCUCCAGGGAUUUUUAGCCUCUGUGCCUGCUUAGAGAAGGCUCUACCUGCCACUUGCAGCUGGGUGGCUGACCCUGCUGGGCCCAUGAGCCCUAAGCAGGCCCUUGGCUCUCCAGGCACAGCUGGGGGUGAAUGUGGAUCUUGUCUCUUGCAUCCCUCCACAGCUGGGUCAUGCUGCUCCACGUGUCCCUCCCAGUGCUGGGGUCUGAGUUUAACACCCCUAGAGCUGUGUAGUGCACCAGUAGUCCCCUGUGUGACACCAACUCAUUAAAACAACCAGAACACUCGCUGGUUUGACUUCAGGCUGACUUGUGACUACACUACACUUGUGGAUUCAGGUUGCAACAAGCUGGCCUUCACCAGCUGUGGCUUCAUGGGAUGUGGUCCCCUGCAGUUGGCAUGGUGCAUCAUGCCCACAGCAGUGAGGUCAGUCUUCUAAUGCAGGGGGUGGACAAGAGAGAGCUGGUACCAGAGGCUUCAGGACAGAGCCUGCAGCCCUGGAGUGUUGACUAUAUGCACUGGGGUGGGAGUUACAGUGCUGGGUUUGCCCUCUAAAUGGCACACAGGGCUUCUACGCUAGAAAUCCCAUGGGCAGCUCCCAUUUCCCCCAUCCUCAGUGGGGAAGCAGACCCUCAGCUGCAGCCAGACUACAGGCACAGACCCACUGGACUCCAGCAGAGGCACUGUCCCAGAGCUGGCAGCAGCCACAAAGACCUGCCCAGUCCCAGCCCAGAGCUCAUCUCCCAUGCACAACCAUACUGCAGCCCUGCCACACACCCUUCUACCCAAAUAGAGAAAAAGUCCUCAAAACUGCCAGGUAAAACAGGUGAAGCUGAAGUGAUCUGCAGUCAAUGCCUUUAUUAAAACUACACCACUUUCAGAUAAACAUUUCAGUUUAAAUUUCCAAGCAUAUCACUGGCCUACUACUGGGAAUGGCAGUGUUGGGAUCACCAACACUAGCAGUUCACGUGCUGGGCCCUCAGCUCCAUCACACAGAAGGCAGCCAGCCAGCCUCCGGCUCAGGCUGUGUUUUGCCCCAAGCCAGCUGCCAGCAGCAGCAUUAGCUGGAAUGUGUACAUCACUCUCCAGAGCCAAGUAAGUGUUUCUCUUCUGUCAGUGCAAUAAAUACGAGCGUGUCAAACAUAA